AUGUGCACCAGCGCUCCGAUUAAGCUUGAUUACACGCUGCGUGACCUGUACGACAUCGACAACGAAGACGAAUCCUACCCGACCUUGGCCUUCUGUCCUGUAGAGGCCAAGGACUGUGCUGCAUUCUCACCGAAAAAGUUCAUCUACCACUAUGGGCUGCGGACGGCGGAGACAGUCGAUAACUCCUGGCUGGCGCUGGCACUCAAGAUCCUCCCCCAGCGACAUGGGUUCAUGGCUGGCAAGAUGCCAAUGGUCGUACUCGACUUGGAGGUCACCCAAAUCGAGCCCGAUAUCGGCUUCAUGAACAAAGUUGACAUUAGCCUCACCUUCUCGCGGCUACGGCACGAUCAACGGCCCACGGUGAGCUUUACCACAGACCCCAGCCAAGUUCCCCUGAAGCCUGGGAGCCCCGUCGCCAUCGCAAUGCCUUCCGAUUGCGUAUCGCAUCUGCCCCAUCUCAUAGACCCGGUUAUACACUACGAGAUUCUAUCGAAGCGCUGGUUAGCCCUUGCCGGACUACCAACGCCGCCUUCAGCGGUCAUCGAUCCUCUCCUUCAGCCAGAUUGCAUCCACAACUCUACCCGCCUCGAGUCAGAGAUUGCCCAUAUGACUGCGUCACUCGACACGUACGCAGCAUCCUUUGUUGCCAAGCUUCCCCAGACCGUGUCGGGAAAGGGAGUCUUUUUCGUGUCCUCCGAGGACGACCGGGCACAUGUGAAGGGGCUGCUCGGCGUCCAGCUCCAGGAGAUGCUCGCGGAAAUCCACAGCGCCAAUCUUCACCUGUAUCCAUGCUCUCUCGUCUUGCAGGACUACAUUCCAGGAGCGGCGGUUGGGCUGUCGAUCUUUGUGACGCGCAAGGGGCGUGGAAUCUUCAUCGCCUGUUGUGAACAGCAGUUUAACAAACGGGGCCAUUGGGUCGGAGGCUCCAUCUCGUAUCAAGGCCAGGCGGCCCUGCAGCAAAAGUUUGACGGGCUCACGGAAGAGGUUGCCCGGUGUCUGCAUCGGAAAGGCUACUACGGGCCCGUUGGACUAGACGUCAUCACCAACGCCUCCGGCGAGCACUUCAUUGUUGACCUCAACGCCCGCGUCAUGGGGACUUAUCACCUGGGACCCCUCACGAAUCACUUUGCGCAACGAGGACUAAGCAAAGCCGCCGUGGUUUUGGAGUACUUUACAUGUCCGAGGGCCGCAUUUGAAGAGGCCUUUGCCGAUGAAAUCCGAGAUGGCAGCCUGAUCAUUACUGGCUGGACGCACGGCGAGUCGAUGCGGCUCAGCCACGGGUUUCUGACGGUCGGGGGAAGCGACUCGUCGGAGAUGGAGAAAAUACUUGAAAAGGUUAAGGCUCAUGUCAUUCAGGAGCAAUGA